AUGAAACACAUCUUCCCAGACGAAGAUCAAUCCGGCGACGAAGCUGAAUACAAUGUGGGAGAUAUUGUGAGUGCAGUGUGGUUACCAAAUGGUCAAUUUUAUGAUGCGAAGGUGGUGCAGAGUGGGAGUAAGUGCCAGUCUUUUGUAAUAGCAAAUUUAAAUAUAUCUGCAUUGGCAGUAUCUUGUUAAACCAUUAUUAAAUUUAAAGCUGCACCCUGCCCAAGCUGGCCGCCUUGCCUCCAGAGUACAGCACUAGCAAAUAAAGGAAGGUCCUAUCAUGCUGAAAUCUCUUAAUUUCAUCAGGAACACUCCAACGUCCUCCGUUCACGUCCUCAAAACUAUUGCACUAAAUAAAAAAAGCUGUAGAACAUAUUAACUACAGUACCUUUUUACACUCCUUUCAAAAUUCAAAUCCAUAAAGUUCCCACAAGUGAUAUAGGCACUUUAAAUUCUAGCUAAAAUCCUGGUUGUAUAAUGUAUGAUUUACAGGUGAUCGACAUGAGCUCAUGAAAGAAAGGAUGCGACUGGAGAAGGCUAGGAAAGGUGGAGCAACAAAAGGGACUGGCAAAGGAAUUAAUAGGAAAGAACAACAACCUGAACAGGACAAAAGAAGUGAACAGAAAGCAAAGAACAAAAAGACCGUGAAGCAGUCAAAAAAUCUGAAUAAUAAAGUCAAUAAAGAUACCCAAAAAGAGAACGAAAAGGAAGAGAAAAGAAAGAAGAAGAUGAACAACGACAGCUGGCUAUCAUAGAAGCAAAAAAGAAACAGGCUGCGUCAAGGUGGGCAUCUUCCCCUACCCUUUCCAAUUCUGAACAUGCACAUCCCGAUUUCACUCCUGAGCCUAUUCGACGACCAAUCCUAUCCCCAAUACAGACUCCUGUGUCUCAAGCUAACAGACAAAUUGAUGACACUCGCAACCGCUCUGCUCUAAGCUCGAGCAGUACCCAACAAGAGCCUCAGUCUUUUAUAGUCCAUUCUCCUACACCAUUACCUGCAACUAAAAAACGAGUAAGUGACAGUGGUAACCGCUCAGUUCUGAGCUCGUGUAGCUCUCUCUCAACCCAACAACAUACAAUUAGGUCAAAAAAUCCUGGAGAGUCCAGGGUUGCAUUUUCAGUGUGCCCAGUCAGAGACAAUCAGUGAUGAUGAUGAUGACAAACAGGAAUCAGAUGAAGAAGAUGAACAGGAGACCAUAAGCAUGCCUAAAGUUGUUGGUGAUUGCUGCAAAGAAGGUCAGCAAGAAAUUGAAGCCCUACGAAAACGAUUGACGAAAACACACAAACGACUUAGCAUUGCAUGUAAGUAUUAA